GCGGGCCGAAGGGUGGGCGUUGGCGAACGCGGGAUGGCUGCGGCGGCCCUGUACCUGGAGCACUACCUGGACAGCAUUGAAAACCUCCCCUGUGAGCUCCAGAGAAAUUUCCAACUUAUGCGUGAACUGGAUCAGAGAACGGAAGACAAGAAAGCAGAAAUUGACACUCUUGCAGCCCAGUACAUUUCGACGGUGAGGAGUCUUACCGCAGAGCAACGGGUGGAAAUCCUGCAGAAGAUACAGAAUGCUUAUUCGAAAUGUAAAGAAUACAGUGACGACAAAGUGCAACUGGCGAUGCAGACCUAUGAGAUGGUAGACAAGCACAUUCGCCGCCUGGAUGCUGACUUGGCACGAUUUGAAGCUGAUCUGAAGGAUAAGCUAGAAGGCAGUGAUUUUGAAAUCCCUGGAAUUCAAAAUCUGAAAAAAGGACAAACUCAGAAAGAUAAAAAAAGUUCCCGGGGUCGAGGCCGACGAACAUCUGAGGAAGAUGCUCCAGUAAAAAAGAAACCCAAACGAAGAUCUGAAUUAGCUGAAACCAUCCUCACCGUUCAUCCUUCAGAUGUCCUGGACAUGCCAGUGGAUCCCAAUGAGCCCACGUAUUGCUUGUGCCACCAAGUAUCCUAUGGAGAAAUGAUUGGCUGUGACAACCCAGACUGUCCAAUUGAAUGGUUUCAUUUUGCUUGUGUGGAUCUUGCCACGAAACCCAAAGGGAAAUGGUAUUGUCCUCGCUGUGUUCAGGAGAAGAAGAAGAAAUAGAAAUGAUAGGAAUGCACAGUCUGAAAGAGAAAGAAGUUUAAUAUAUUCCUUAUUGCAAUACUUUUAUUUUUACUGACCUAUCUUCUUGUUUGAUUUGGUAUCUAACUGUUCAGUGGCCAGUUGUAGUUUUCCUUAUGGAGCUGUCCUAAUGAAGGAAAGAAGAUCUGGAGAAAACCCAUUGCCUUGAUUCUCAUCCCCCCCCCCCUGCAAUUCUGGUUACACUUCCAUAGCAAUGUAACCAAGUACUUUGAGUAGCCCUUCACUGGAAUUUUGGUACAUACACUGAAGUCUGUGAAAUUGGCUAUGAAAUUCCAAGUGAAGGAAAUAAAUACCAUUUUUGUUGUUCUAGUCAUCCUGCACAAAAUGAUGAAGGAUUUUAAAACUAACUGAAUCUUUCCAAAACCUUAUAGCUGCUGACAAAGAGAGUAGAUUGUUUUAUUUUGUUGUUCUAGCAUGCAGUUUUGCUCUGUUGGAGGAAAGCUGCAUGGCAGUGGAUGAUUUUUUUUUACAUUACAUCCCCAGCCACAAAAAUCUGAAAGAAGAGUAAUCUGUAUUGGUUAAAUAUUGUUCCAUGAGUAAACUUCAGCAGGCUUAUACUUGUUCUCGUUGUUUCUGAUUUGUGCCUUUAGGCUUUAUACUACUACCACUGAAACCAUACAUCAUAAAUAAGAAAUGCUUAAUAAAGGCAAGCUGUCUAAGAGAUGAACCUGGUACAAGUAUAAUAGGAUUUAUUAAUGAAACAAUAAUAUAGGUUUAUUUUUCAUUGGUAAAAUGUUUAGCUGUUAAAAAUAAGUAAUUGGAAGAAUCAGCUUUAAGAAGACAACAGUUUUGAGAGAGAUUCCUGCAUAGCAGCAGAGCUAUCUGGCAUCACUUCUUUGUCUGUUGCGAAAUUUUCAUGCUAUAAGUUUGCUGAGAUGCUCUCCAGUAUAAAACGUGCAUCUUGGUAUCUUAGUAUCUUAGGUUGCAUGCCGACAAUAAUUAUUUCCAGAUAGUUGUAAGUGGCACAUUAGAACCAUCCAUCAUUGCUCAUGGUGUGUACUCUCAAACAGCUGUAAUCUCUGGUCAAACAGGAUGUGCAAGUUGCGGAAGUCUUUCAAAAACCCAGGGACAAUAGCAAGGCAAAAGAUAUGAGUGUGGAUAAUGAUGGAUUUUGUCAAUGCAUCUUCAACUAUUUUAAAACUUCUAAGCCUUUAGAAAGAGAAUGUUCUGUGCUAAUGGCCAGUUCUCCCUGUGCUUGGGUCACAAGCUGCACAUUAUUUCUACAUGUGGCUACAACGGCCACAAUAUAGCAAUCCUCUGGAAAGACACAGCUAUGCUAGCUAUUGCAAAUAGAGUUGGUUUAGAAUCCCCUUAUACACCCAUAACAGUGUUGUGACGUAUGUUCCUUAUGAACAAUUGUACACAUCAAUUCCUGCAAUGUUACAGUGAAUCUCAGUUUCAUUAUGGAAAACAAGGGGAAGAAUUAAUUCUAUAUUCAACAACUCUAGUUUUAAAAUAAGGAAAACUUGUUGAAAGAAGGUGAGUUGCAUUUUGUUAUGAAGGAAUGAACAGUCUGUUCUUCACAUUGCACUUCUUUUAUAUGCAGCUUUUCAGUAGAUAAUAUAAUUCGAUUAAAGUUUGUUAUUAAUCACUUUAGGUUUUCUAUGUCUGCAUUUGUGUUUGUUCUCAUGUUCAGAUUUGCUUUGCUGCCAUAAAAUGUAAAGUUGGAUUAUACCCUUUGCUUCAUAGUUUUCCAUUUUCAGGGUAAAUAUUUACAGUAAUAUAUUACAAUUUGGAAAUAGUUAUCCUCUCAGUAUCGUGCACAAGCGUGGAAUAGAGCAUUUACCCUCUCAGUCAUGAGGAAUUAAAUAACAGAAAGAUCAUUUUCCUCUCCCAUAAAGGAGAUUUCCCACCUUACAUUUUAUGCUGAGUAUGCUGUUAGUUUAUGUAGCUAUGUAAACUGAGGCCGUUAGUUUACGGCUGCUUAGUUGACAUGAAAAUAGGCAUGCACAGAUUUGUGAUCCACUGUACUGCAUAAAUCUAUUAGCCACAUAUGACUUGUAAGUUAGACACACACAUAACAGGAGCUUUACUGAACAUCUGGUGGGCCAUCAGAAAAGGCUAGUGGGUUGUUUUUGGCUUGGCAGCCCUUAAAAUUUUUAAGAGCUUCUUAAAAUUUUAAUCAAUUGUAGGACUGCCUUUAAAAAAAAAAAGCCUUUGGCCUCACAAAAAGUAAUUAUUGAGUAAUAUCUCUGUCCUUUAACCUCCUAGGCAAGGUGGCAUUAGUUUCUAUUUUCGCAGCAGUGACUCUCAAGAUCUAUUUCUCUUUUUUCUAAUUAUGCUAAGUCUUAAGUAACAAAGGAAUAGUGCUGUAGGUUGACAUAACUUUCUAUGUUCCCAAGAUGUGUUAAGCAAUUAAUGCUGCUAUGUAACUAGUAGAGCAAACUAGACUGUUACUUUACCAUAAACUAAAAGUAAUAUCAUGCAUCAGAUCCAAGGAAGUAAAUCAUUUUUCCUUUGAGAGGCUACAGAAUAGUAGUGAAGGUUUUUCUUUUCUUUUUUUUAAUCAUUGCCCAGUUUGUAGGAAAAAAUCAUUUUGGAAUAAUACUAUAUAGCAUUGGAUUGAGCAAUACAGAUGCCAGAAGUAAAUAGCACCACCUCUGAGCGAAUUCGUCAAGUCAAUCAUGUUGUUCAGGGUUUUUAAGUUCAUAUUGGUUUAUUCACAGUUCUGUUGAUUCUGACAUGGAGAGUAUGUUCUCCUGAAUUUUGAAUGUAUCUUGUUUAAUAGCUUGUUAGGAUUUUGAAUAAAGGAAACAAUUGAAGAUAAUAUGUUAACUUGCAUAUUUUGUGAGUCAGCCUGACCCCCACUGUUAAUAUUUCUAUACAGGUUAUAUUUCCUUGUCAAAGGAAUUGAAAUUGUUUCCUUUUAAGUGGAAGAGAAUAUUAGAAAUUUUUUUAUUACAAAAUGUGAAAAUGUAUAUCUGUAUUUUUG